AGAAAAAAUAUAUAUUAUAUUUAGUGAAUAUUGGUGAUAUUUGUUUGAAUAUUGUUCUAUAAUUUCUUGAAAUUAAUUAAUAUGGGUAUAACAAGUUACCAGUGUUGGGUAAAUAAUAUAAUGCAAAUUACAAAUUACUUUUAAAAAGUAAUUCCUACAGGGUAAUGUGUUAUUUUACACGUCAUUAAAAUAAGUUGCGAAUGUAGAACAAAACCUAGUGACAGGAUAAACGAUAAAAAUAAUUAAAUUUAUUUACGACUCCAAAAGUUUAAUGUAAUAAUCAACAAUACUAUAAUAUCUAUUAUUAACGAUCCCAGGAAUUAAUACUUAUAUAUUUUGUUUAUGUAUAACAUUAUUAACAAUGUACCUACAUCAUCAAUGUUAUACCUACCCGUUAUACAAUUUAUAUAAUAGUAUACAAACUAAUUAUUAGACCGUAGUCGUUAUAUGCACUGAUUUUCUUGUAAAUUUUUAAUUAGUAAAAUUAUUUGUAACACCUUACUUUUUGAAUGAAAAAGUAAUGCAUCAUGAUAAAAAUAAUGCUGGGUAACAUGAUAGCAAUUUAAAUAAAAAUAUUUAAUGUAACGAUUAACGAAAUAUUAUUAAUUUUCAAAAAUAAUACCCAACACUGAAAUUUACAUAUAUAAUUCUUCAUUGUAUAACAUAUUAUAUUAUUAAAAUCUGUUUAAAAUAUUAUAUUUCUUUUUAAAAAUGAAUACCGAACAAAUGAUGUCAUAUAUUAUAUGAUAAAAUAUUAAAUUUAACAGCAAACACAAUUCAUCAGUUUUCGAGCAUUUUUAAAAUUGAUAAUUUGCUUAAAUUUAAGCUUAUUAGAUUAUUAAAACGUAUUUGAAAUUGUAUAACGAUGCGUAUACAUCUGAAAAAUAUUAAUUAUAAUAUAAAUUAAUAUAAGUGAAGUACUGAUGUUGUGUACUGGAGUAAAAUAAUAUUAUAGUAGAAUGGUUUGUAGAAUUUCGAGUUAAGUCUUAUAAAAGGACAAAAGGUUUUUAAUUUAAUGAUGAUAUUGUGAAAAUAUGUCUUUAAACUUUAAUCCAGCGUGCACGGUGCACGUUAAUGUUCGGGACCAAUACAAUACAUUUUUAUUGUAAACAUUAUUUUUAUGUUGGCAACACUUGUAGCCGAGAAUGUUUAUUAGAGCUUGGCGCCCUUUAUACCCCAGUUCCAGAUAUUAUAGAUCGGGGCAAAGGCAAACGUGCUUUACUGCUUUCACGCACACUGGAGUCUAACAGUCUACUCAGCACCUAGUUAUUAUUAUUGCUUAGUAGUCGUGGUGUGUUUUGUAGUUCUAUAAUUCUCAUCAGGAGCACAUUUAAUACUUGGACUAACACAGACUAACACCUACGCCAAAUGUAUUUAUUUAUAAUAUUAUAUUAAUAAUUGCGAUAACUUUACAAAAAAUAAUUAAAAUAUCUAUACUGUUGCAUAACGCAGUUUUAAAAAAUAAACAACAUGGAUACUGUGACAGUUCAUUAUUGGCCAACAGAAGCACAGGGCUGCUUAUCGAUACAACCACUUACACUUUUCCUCACGAUCACACUCCUACUUUCAUCGUGUACGACACUUAUGUUAUGCACAUCCGUUUGGACUAAUCAUUGGGAAAACAUGGAAUGGGAUUUUCAAGAAGCAAUAUCAGUUUUAAAAACACAAAAUAAAUCGUCCAAAUGGUUGAAUAACGUUAAUAUCGAAUGGCUAGUAAAUGGAAAUACAUUAAAAAUAACAAUUAACGCUGCAAAGCCAUCACCGGUAAAUAAUGGAGAUGCAUUAUUAGUUUUGGCUACAGCAAAUCAAUAUCAUCAAACUGAUUUUUACGACAUAAACCCACUAUUAUAUCAAACGGGGGAAACGACUACAGUUAUACUUGCACCAAUGUACGGUGGAAUUUGGACUUUAUGUAUCUCUCUAUCAGGUACUUGUAGCAAUUCCAACUAUAACACACAAGAUCAGUUAGUACAACUGUAUCAAGAAUCAAAUAAUAAAAUGGGAUCGGUGCUACCCAAAUGUGUUAAUUAUUUAGCUGAAGAACCCCCAGAAGAAGAGUAUUUUAAACCGGACUGGCAUCAUAGAAUGCAAAAUAUGUCAAUAUCAUGUGCAUUGGUGUGCAUUAUAAUAGUUGUUACUGCAUCAUUGAUUGGACUUUUUUCUAUUUUACGUCAUCAAAUUAGUGCUAUGUUAAUCACUGCUGUAAUGUAUUUAUUAGCAGCAACUUUUGGUUUGUUCACAUUGGGAAUAAUGCACAAUAAACAUAAUUCAAGAAAAACACAUAGCCAAAAUAAUUGCAAUCAAUCACUAGCACUUAUAGAUGGUAUGAUUAAUGCCGGUGGAAAUAUGUGUCAAACAAUGCAGUUUUGGGAACAAUUGCUGACUUCUAGAAUAUACUCACUAGGCUGGAGUGUAAAUAUGGGAUGGAUAGCAGUUAUUUUAUGUAUUUUAACUAGCAUUCUAUGGAUUAUUUUAUCUAAGAUAAUGAGAGUCACCAUAAAAUAGUUGAGACACAAAAUCUGUUCAAUCUGUAUUCAAAUACCUAACAUACUAAACUAAAUAAUAUAAUAUUGGAUAAUAACUAAUAAUUAUGUUUAAUGAAUUUAUACAUUUUUGAUUCUGCAUAAUACCAUUGAGUACAUACCACGGUUAAAGAUUUAAUAUUAUAAUAUUAUAAUGAUAUAAAAUAAUAUUGACUAUCCAGUUCAAGACUGCAACAACUCAAAAUAUAACAAAUCCGAGUUAUGUACACAAUCUUAUGACAAUUUCAGUUCAAGAACGCAAUAAAAUAUAGUUAAAUUAUUGACCACGAGAGAGCAUUUUCAGUAUUAUGAUAUACAUUACCUUACAUAGAGAAACAAUAUAGAAAACACUUUAUACCCAAUAAACCAAUAUUUUGAGUUGUUGCAGUCUUGAACUGGAUGGUCGAAUUAUUAUAUCUUUAAUUGAGGUAAAUACUGUACAGAGAAACAAUGUUCAAUAUUUUAUGCUACGCUAAAUUUUAGUACAUUAAUGCUGAGAAUAUAGUACACUACCAAUAUUAUUUUUUAAUUUUUAAUAGCUUAAAUUAAAUUAUAUUAUAUUAUUAGUUGUAUUUUAUUGUUUGACAUAAUAGUAGUAAUAAUAUAAUUAUUUAUUUAAUAAUUUUACUGCUAAAUUUUACAUACUUGAUUAAAGAGAAUUAUUAUAAUGAUUAAUUUGACACGGACGACUGUGUACAAUAAUUAUAAAUAGGUAGAAUUACUACAAUGUUUUCGCCUCUGCGACAAAUUAAUUCAUGCGCUAUUUAUUACCUGCCUUUCCGGGAGCAUAGGACAUUUUUAUAGUACAUUGUUUCUCUAUACAAUAUAUACUCAAUGAUAAUAUAUUUGCGCCAAUAACAAUAAUUUACUGUUCAUAAUUAUAACUAGGUAUAUAUAUUUUAUUAUUUAUUUGAAAUAUGUUUUUAUUAAGUUAUUUAAUAUGUUGACUGCCGUGGGACAGCUGACGUCCAGUCCACUAAUAGUAUUUUAAUGGAUACCAGUGAUCAUACUUAGUCAUUUAUAUGUCAUGCGCUCACAGGCUAUCAUAAAGACAUACCUAUCACAUUUAUUUGUCAAUGGAAAGUUUUACUAAUAAUGAAUAUUUUUUGAUGAUGGCGAAAGAAGAAAAUGUUGUAUCAAAUGAUAAAUUAGCUGCCUUACAUAGAUUUAAAAUUAUAGGUUAUAAAAAAAGGGAAAAUUUAUUCAAAAUACAAGACAUUGAAAAUAAAGCAUGGCCCUGUAGGAAAAACAGCCAUGUGACCGCAGGCGGUUUCAUGGUAGUUAGUAUUAAUUUUAUUGAAAUUUAAAUGUUCAGUUAUUAUUUCUCAUAACUCAAUUUCUAACUAUCAUAGAUAUGUAUAUUGUUGAUUUGACUUUAUAUUGACACCUGUAUUUUUGAAUUCUACAAUAUUGCAAUUAAAAUAUGAAUUCUUUAGUUAUGUACAACUUAGUGUACAAGCAUCAGUUGAUAGAGUGGUCAAUAAAUAUAUUUUAUUUAAAUUUAAACAAUGUUAUUAUAAUUUUUUAAUUUAGAUUUUAAAAGUCUGUAUUACUACUUAGUUAGGUAAAAACUAGUUAAUAGCUUAAAAAAAUUUAAUUUUAAUUUCCAUUCACUGGAUCAAGAAAGUUAUGGAAAUUAAAGACAAUGCUGUUCAUUGAAAUUUGAUGAAAUAAUAAUAAACAAAUUGCUUUAUUUAUUUAUAAAGCAUCUGUUUUUCAUAUUAUACUAUAAAAUGUAUAUUUUUAUUUUGAUAAACUUUAAAUUGUAAUGGCAGAAAUUAGGUUCUCUUAUAAAACUUUAAAAUAUUAAUUAUUUAAGAGCAAUAGACUUAAAAAAAAAUUGCUAUUAAUAUUUAGUAGGGGUCUGUUUGGGACUACUAUACUCUAUUCCAUCUAAGAGUGAACAGAUUUCGCGCUCGCAGACUGAGCUGCCGAAUAGUACCAGACUCCCAUGCGAUGGCUAUGCAUUAUAUGAUUGGCGGACAGUCAUUGUGGGUCGUCGGAAAACUGUGUUAACAGUCUCACCAAAGUUCAGAUGUGGAGGGGAUGCACGGAAAAAACGUGUUUUGGUCAGCCAAGUGGUUCACAAACUGUAUUCACAACCUUUAGAUGGAACAGAGUAUAGCAUUAGUAGGUUUUUUGUGAUUGUAGUAGAAUAUUCUAUAAUAGGUAAAAUAACAAGAUAUAAAUUAAUUUUUUUGAAGUGGUAAAAUAAAAUACAAUGUUUGACUUUGCAGUGUCGUUAUAUUUUACAAAAAGGGCAUACUUGACCAGUUUACCGAAACAUUUUUAACAAUUUUUAAUAUUAAAAAGAUAUUUUUAUUUGUGUCUUACAUUUUAAUGCUAUUAACCAUAUGGCUGUAAUUAUAACUGUCAAAUGCGUUAUAGUUUAAAGCGUGAAAAUAAAAUUAAAAUAAAGUUAUAUUUUUAUUGAUUAUUCUCUCCAUAUUUUUGGUUAAUCGAAUUGUAUGUUUACACAUUAGUAUUACCUAUACCUAAUAUUAUUUUUUAUAACUCAAUAAUAUGUUAGUUAAUACUAAUUACACACUAAUAGAUAAUAUUUUAAAAGUUAGUGAGCACAUGUAUUACUAGAUUAUAAAGAAAUCCAAUUAAUAGGUGAGCACCCAUUAGUUACUAAAUUGAUGAUAUUUAAUUGUAAUGUUAUUCUUUUCUUCCUACAAUAAAAUACAAAACACAUUUUUCAAAUUGUAUUAUAAUUGUAUUACAAUAGGACAGAUGUACUUAUCAAUCAUUUUCUAUCAAUGCAAAUAGGUAUUGAAGUGUAAAAUUACAAUAUUUAAGGAAAAUGUAAGUUUCCUAAAUUGUGAAAAAACUCGGAACAAAACCAAAACUGGUUUCCCGCCAAAUAUUAU